GCGCGGCUAUAUAAGGGCCCGGCAGGCCGCAUGCGUGCCUCUUGGAGGAAGACGCGGUCGCUGUUGCUGCGGAGCCUUGGGCUUCCCGCUCCCGCUCCUGACUCACCGCUGUUCGCUCUCGCGGAGGAACAAGUCGGUCAGGAAGCCGCACCGCAGCCAUGGCUUUUAAGGACACCGGAAAGACUCCCGUGGAGCCCGAGGUGGCGAUCCACCGGAUUAGGAUCACUCUCACCAGUCGCAACGUGAAGUCGCUGGAGAAGGUGUGUGCCGACCUGAUCAGAGGCGCGAAGGAGAAGAAUCUCAAGGUGAAGGGGCCGGUGCGGAUGCCCACCAAGACCCUGAGAAUAACGACGAGGAAAACGCCCUGCGGGGAAGGUUCUAAGACUUGGGACCGUUUCCAGAUGAGGAUCCACAAGCGCCUCAUCGACUUGCACAGCCCUUCCGAGAUCGUCAAGCAGAUCACUUCCAUCAGCAUUGAGCCGGGAGUCGAGGUGGAAGUCACCAUCGCAGAUGCUUGAGCCAGCGGCUCUAAUAAAUUGAUAAUCGGCCGUUAA